AUGCCGUUUGUGGAAGAACUUGUGCACUGCCAAGUCUGCGGAUACCGACCCAAGACUGUGCGUGCAGCAGACCACGUGGACCGGAGCUUGAUCUUCAACGGGCCAGAGAGGCAGACAUAUGACGUGUAUCACAUCGUGGGCACUACGCAAAUGACUCAGGAGCACGCUUGGCCAGUCGAAGCCAGGACAGCAACUUCCGUCCCGGACCUCAAGGGUCGAAUUGUGUUCCGAGUCCGCAAGAAUAUUGGGAUGCAAACUUUUCGUGUCGAGAACCUGGCCGGCCAUCAGAUCCUCACCCUUUCUGACUCCCAGGCUGGUUCUUCGGCGCGCCACGUGCUCAACGCCUGCCCAGAGUGCCCCGACGACCCUCCAGAUGCUGUGGAUGUGUCGCUGCGGGCUGAGAUUGUUGUAUCCGCCGACGGGGCGCCUGAAAGGCAGCUUCGAUACUGCAUUGUCCCUAAGAGUGGCAACUUUCACCAGCUGAGUGGCGAGAUUGAGGAGGCAAUCAGGAAGGGAGACGAUGGAGAUUUUGCUGGCACGUCCACCUGUGACCUGAGCCAGCUCAAAGCCAUCAGGCAUGCCUUGCAGAAUCGCGUGGCGCUCAUCCAAGGCCCUCCAGGCACUGGCAAGACCCUUAUCGGCCACAAGCUGGUGCAGCUCCUGACGGGAAACUCUCGACGUGAAGGAGGGUGGCGAGUUUUGGUACUCACCUACAAGAACGAUGCGCUGGAUGCUUUUUUGGAGCUGUGUAAGAAAGCUCCCGAUAGCCCAGAGGUUGCACGCAUCGGUCGCGGGAGUGCUGAGAGAGCGCGGGCCAAGAAGCUGAUCCAGGAGCAUGCAGAGCUGAAGCAGCGCGAUGCGCAGUGCAAGGCGGCGGUGAGGAGUGCCCAAGUCAAGGUGCAGGAGGCACUGGAGCAGUUUGCGGACCGGGAUACAUACAGUGUUGACACGCUCCUGAAGAGUGUUUCGUGGGACCGGCUGCGUCGGCUUCUGGGGCCAGAGAGCUGGUGUGCUCAGAAGCUGCGGGAGCUCGAAACUGCGGCCGGCUCGCAGCUCACUCCCUUUCUUGCUCUGAGCGCUCGAAGUAUGGACACCAACACCGACGUGGAAGGAAUCAGGCAGCACGUUGAGAAUGAACUGCAGGCUUGGUACCAUCGAGACUGGGCGCUCAAAGAAGUCAGCAAGGGCUGGCCACAGAAGCCAGCCCACUCUGCCAACACCCACAGUGAAGGUUUCGAGAGGCCAGCGAGGCCAGCAGACAUGCCUAACACUCAAGUUGUGGAGGUUGAGACAAAAGAAGAGUGGCAUCAAAUCAUUCAACACAUGAAUGAGGAGAAUUGCAUGAGAGAGGCCGUGGAGUUGAGACCUGGUGUAGUCGUGGAAGAAGGAUGGGUUCUUCGAGGGGAGCACGGGCCAGGGCAGAAUGAGCCUCCGACACUUCCCGCUCGUCUUUGUUUCGGUGAUGAUGAAGCCCAGCUCGAGCUGCAGGCACAAAUGGAAGCGGAGCACUUGGCCGGAAUGGGACUUGAUGGCCGAGAAAGCCGGCAGAUCUCUCAAUGGCCACUAAUUCGCAUGACUGCCUCACAACGCGGCCCCCGCGCGACCAAGUCCCAGAAAGACUACGAUCGCACUUCUGACCUUCACAACCUUCAUGAGCUACAGCGAGCAGAGCUGGUGAAGGAGCAGCUUCUGGAACAAGCCGACAUCUGCUUUAAAGUCCUCGAGCAUGCCCUGGAUGGCUUGGAGCAGGCUUGCAACGAGUUGAAGGCGCAUGAAGAUGACCUUCGUAGGCAGGUUUUCGAGAGGAGCCGAGUUAUUGGCAUGACCAUCAGCGGUGCUUCCAUCCACUCUGCACUGCUCGCGCAGCUGAAGCCAGACGUGGUCCUCAUUGAAGAGGCGGCAGAAGUGUUGGAACCUGCUGUGCUGGCUGUUCUGGCACCGUGGGUCAAGCACCUGAUCAUGAUCGGUGACACGAGACAGCUGCCGCCAAUGGUGAAAACGUACGCGUUGAAAAGGAACCAUUCCUUUGACGUGAGCAUGAUGGAACGAUUGAUCCAGAAUGAUUUGCCAAGUGCUGAGCUGCACGCCCAGGGGCGGAUGCUGAGCGAGAUAUCUCGGCUUCUGAAACCCAUCUACGCACAUCUGAGCGACAUCGUGGCUGAAACAGGCAAGCUCUCUCCACCACGAUGUGUGGCCUCCGCCGUGUUCUUCUGGCAUUGCCCACACCCAGAGCAAAACCAAGAAGCUUGUCCCUAUACCGCCAAGCAGAAGAGUCAGCGAGGAUAUGUCAACGUUGCAGAGUGCGAGCGUGCAGUUCAGCUGGCGGGCUUCUUCAUAUCCCAGGGCUAUGCUCCAGACAAAAUCACCUUGCUUGCUCCUUACGAAGCACAAGUCGCCCUCAUCAGACGCAGUCUGGAAACACAUCUUUCCGGGUACAUCGCAGGAUGGCCUGCAGAAAAUUUAAGAGGAUUCGGCGCAAGGCUCGAUACAACCCUCAUCGUUGGCAACAAGGUGCAUGUGACUAAGUCCUUGAUCGAUGAGGGGAGAAUCAUCAUGGCAACUUCCGGCGACUUCACGCCAGCUGAAGGCAUGUACAGCGUCAGAGUCCUCCAACGUCGCGACGCAAUGUACGAGGCAUGCUUGACGCCUUGCCUGCAGCCAAUUGUCAGCUCUAUCGACAGGUAUCAAGGAUUGGAGAACGACGUGGUCAUCGUGUCUCUGGUGAGGUCAAACGCCACGAACAAGCUCGGCUUUUUGAAAGAUGAUGGGGGAAAGCGGCGAAUGUGCGUAGCCCAGUCGCGUGCCAGAUGCGGCUUGUAUUUCAUUGGUAACGCAGAUUGCUUCAGUACAGCUCCACACUGGAAACAGCUUCUCGACAUGCUGAGAGAACGUGGACAGCUUGGGAACGGCUUUCCACAGCGAUGUGUUCGCCAUCCGGGAGUUCGUAAAGACGCAUUGGAAGCCGAUGAUCUCGGCUGCAAGGAGAUGUGUGGCCAACCCUUUGGGUGCGGCUUUCCCGAGCAUUUGUGUAGGCUCCCGUGCCAUCCGGAAGACGGGAGCCACGGCGCUGAGAGCUGCAGGUGCACAAUUGCGGCUGUAGGCAAAUGCGACAAAGAUCCGCCUCACGUUCUCAUUGUGCCAUGCAUCCAUCGGGCCGAGAUAUCAGACCAGAUGCCUUGCCCCAAUUGCAGCCGAUGUGGUGGCGAUGAUGGUAGUGGGCAUUCCGGCUGGCAAGGUGCUUUUGACCCAACCAACGCUUCCGGCAGCACGAACCCGGCUGGUCAGAAUUGGGACUGGUGCGAUCGCAAACGCAAAGACUGGCACCGUUGGCCUGUGACUGACAGCAAGCGAAGGCGAUGUUCGGACAGAGCCAGAUGA